GAGCACAUUCUCUCUCUCUUCUCUCUCUCUCUCUCUCUCUCAGCCUCUCUGUGCAAAAGGACACAAUCUCUCUCUCUCUCUCUCUCUCUCUCUCUCUCUGUGUGAACACCCAAAGCUACAGUUUUUAGAUUCUCUCCUCAUAAUAUUCACAGUUUGAUUCUUUCCUUUCUCUUCAAGUUUCACAGAUUCAUUACUUCCCUUCAAAUCUCUUCAAACCCAUAACUACCACUCCCUUUUCUAGCUUAAAUCUCUCUUAAUUACCCUAGAUUCCCAUCAUUCUCUCUGCAAAUCCCUUUUUUGAUUAAAUUGUUAUUGUCAAGUUCUUGCCUUUCUACGGUUUUUGAGGCUGGAGAUAUGAAUUGUAGUUGAAUUCGGAUUGAUUAGCGGGUUUAAUUGGAGCUUAAUUAAGGGUUUUUAUUUUAAUUGUUAGCUGUGGGAAGUAAGAGAAAAAAAAUGGACAAGUACGAGCUUGUGAAGGAUAUAGGAUCGGGGAAUUUUGGAGUGGCCAGGCUCAUGAGGAACAAGGAGACCAAAGAGCUCGUCGCUAUGAAGUACAUCGAGCGCGGCCACAAGAUUGAUGAGAAUGUGGCAAGGGAAAUCAUAAAUCACAGAUCGCUUAUCCACCCAAACAUAAUUCGUUUCAAGGAGGUGGUUUUGACACCAACCCAUCUCGCCAUUGUUAUGGAAUAUGCUGCAGGAGGAGAGCUCUUUGAGCGAAUCUGCAAUGCUGGAAGAUUCAGUGAAGAUGAGGCUAGAUACUUUUUUCAACAGCUUAUUUCAGGAGUCAGUUACUGCCAUGCUCUGCAAAUUUGCCAUAGAGAUUUGAAGCUAGAAAAUACCUUGCUGGACGGAAGCCCAGCACCACGACUGAAAAUCUGUGACUUUGGUUAUUCUAAGUCAUCAUUGCUGCAUUCAAGACCCAAAUCCACAGUUGGCACUCCAGCAUAUAUUGCCCCAGAGGUUCUUUCUAGGAGAGAAUACGACGGCAAGAUGGCAGAUGUAUGGUCCUGUGGAGUGACUCUGUAUGUUAUGCUUGUUGGAGCAUACCCAUUUGAAGAUCAAGAGGACCCAAAGAAUUUCAGAAAAACUAUCAAUAGAAUAAUGGCUGUUCAAUACAAGAUCCCUGACUAUGUCCACAUAUCUCAAGAUUGCAGACAUCUCCUUUCUCGCAUAUUUGUUGCAAACCCUUCCAGGAGGAUCACAAUUAAAGAAAUCAAGAGCCAUCCAUGGUUUUUGACGAACUUGCCUAGGGAACUGACAGAGGCAGCUCAAGCCAUGUACUAUAGGCGAGGAAAUAAUACCUUUUCCUUACAAAAUGAUGAAGAAAUCAUGAAGAUUGUGGAAGAGGCCAAAGUUCCUCCUUCGGUAUCUCGAUCUAUUGGAGGCUUUGGUUGGGGAGGAGAAGAAGACGGUGAUGGAAAGGAAGAUGACACAGAGGCUGAAGAAGAAGAAGAGGAAGAUGAAUAUGAUAAGAGAGUUAAGGAGGCGCAAGCAAGUGGAGAAUUUCAUGUGAGUUAAAGGAUUAAUUUGCUCCUUCUCAGAUACCAGUGAUCUAAAGUUUUGCCUUUUGAAUAUCUAUAGGAUGCUAUUGUGGUUGUAUAAAACUUUGUACUUAGGACAUGGUCUUGAAUAAAUGUUUGUAAAUUAUAGCUUAUUGGGCAGGAAGGGUUUGAUUCCAAUUUAUAUGGGAAUUAGAGUGUCUUUAUUAUUGAGAAAUUGGAAUUAUGAUUUAUGAAGAUUUGAAAGAUAACUAUGAGAGUCUGCUCUGCUUUUAUCUUUGUCUUUCCAAGGGUUAAGAUAGUGUCAUAAAGUAAGGGCAUUGUAUGGUGUAGGCUUUUAUUGAAGAAAAUCUUGUCAACUGUUUGUGUACAUUGUAUGUCAGUUGAAGGACCAUAUCAAUAACAUAUAUUAGUAUAA